GCCCACGCGUCCGGCCCCGCCCCAGGGGCGGUGCUGCCCAGACCCCGCCGCCUGAGAGAGAGCACAGCCUGGUGGGCUCUGGGGUCGACGGCCUAGGGGCCGGGGAAGUUUGCGCCGCCGCGACCAGUGCUGCGAUCCCGAGCCGGGCUCCAGCCCCGAGGACCAGGGGUAGGGCGGGCCGGCCUACGGAACCCCGCGGACCAGCAGCCGUCGUCUCGCGUCCUCCUGCUUGGAAAAGUGUUUAAGUUUCUAAAAUGUCAUCUAUCAAGCACCUGGUUUAUGCAGUUAUUCGUUUCUUACGGGAACAAAGUCAGAUGGACACUUAUACCUCGGAUGAACAAGAAAGUUUGGAAGUUGCAAUUCAGUGCUUGGAGACAGUUUUUAAGAUCAGCCCAGAAGAUACACACCUAGCAGUUUCACAGCCUUUGACAGAAAUGUUUACCAAUUCCUUCUGUAAGAAUGACGUUCUGCCCCUUUCAAACUCAGUGCCUGAAGAUGUGGGAAAAGCUGACCAAUUAAAAGAUGAAGGCAAUAACCACAUGAAAGAAGAAAAUUAUGCUGCUGCAGUGGAUUGUUACACACAGGCAAUAGAAUUGGAUCCCAAUAAUGCAGUUUACUAUUGCAACAGGGCUGCUGCUCAGAGCAAAUUAGGUCAUUAUACAGAUGCGAUAAAGGAUUGUGAAAAAGCAAUAGCAAUUGAUUCAAAGUACAGCAAGGCCUAUGGGAGAAUGGGGCUGGCCCUCACUGCCUUGAAUAAAUUUGAAGAAGCAGUUACAAGUUAUCAAAAGGCAUUAGAUCUUGACCCUGAAAAUGAUUCCUAUAAGUCAAAUCUGAAAAUAGCAGAACAGAAGUUAAGAGAGGUAUCCAGUCCUACAGGAACUGGACUGAGCUUUGACAUGGCUAGCUUGAUAAAUAAUCCAGCCUUCAUUAGUAUGGCGGCAAGUUUAAUGCAGAACCCUCAAGUUCAACAGCUAAUGUCAGGAAUGAUGACAAAUGCCAUUGGGGGACCUGCUGCUGGAGUUGGGGGCCUAACUGACCUGUCAAGCCUCAUCCAAGCGGGACAGCAGUUUGCUCAGCAGAUACAGCAACAAAAUCCUGAACUUAUAGAGCAACUGAGAAAUCACAUCCGGAGCAGAUCAUUCAGCAGCAGCGCUGAAGAGCAUUCCUGAUUUAACCAGGGGCUCAAGCCCAAGAUACAAAUGGUUUAUGGCUAUGAAUGAAGUAUUUGUUGUAGAUAGUACCCCCUCCCUCCUUCAAAAAACCAAACACCAUAUCUGAUGUGUGAAAAUAAUGGAGGAAAACCUCUUGUGUAUAUUCUUAAAGAAUAAAUCUGUUUAGACAAUAGGUUUAUCACAAACAAACUCAAAACGUAACGACUCCUUUUGAAAUGAUCACUAGCCAUGUUAAGUGCCAAUAUAGCACUGGGAUAAGGUUCCAUUUUCAAACUUCUAUCAUAUUUGUAUAUUAGACUUAAUAGCAAAGUAUAUUUAUUGAACUCUAGUAGGGCUAUUUGUUGGUAAGCUCUUUAGCUCCAAUUUCCCUUAAGCAAAGUUUUUUGAGAAGGGAAAUGACCCAAAGGAAAGGUUUCCUGUGCUGGUUGAGAAGAAGUGUACUUGCCACUGAGCAGUAUGUCAGGAAAGAAGGAAUAUUAUCUAGGUUUAGCUUUGAUAAGUGCUAUCAGUAAUGAAUAUAUAACAUGGGAACCAAUAUUAUCUUUAAUGUUGCUUGUUCUGGUGAACAGAGAAUCUUAAGAGCUGUUAGAAAGUAACACUUGAUGCAAGGGAUGUUUUGAAAAGAAAAAAUUGGUAAUGUGAAUGUAUAGAAAGUAAAGGUAGGAUGCUCAGGUUUUCUGCAUAGUUCUUAACUAAUCUUGUCUGCAGUUUGGUAUUGAUAACAUUAGCAUGGCCACUUAUGCUAAAUACACAAUAAGAUACAUUUAGAAAUCCUUAAUGUACUGGUUAGGUCAGUGGUAUAACUGUUUGACUUAAUUAUCACAAUUUCCCCAAGUGGUAACCUUACCUUGGAAACUAUCAAAUAUAAAUAUAUUUUAACUAAGCCAGUGACCUGGUCCUAAGUUAAGGAUUUUCUAAAUGAUAUUUAAUUGUGUGCCCAUAAACACUGAUUUUUUUUUAAAAGAGAACUUAGUAAUUAUUUGAUGGAUAACAAAAAGCAUCUGUCACUAACAUUGCUUGUUCAUGUAAUCUUCUGUGAUAAUUUGGCUUGGCAUGCCAGUCUUAUAAUUAACAUAAUUUAAAUUUGAUGCAGUUUAAAUAUAACAGGAGACUUAAAAUAUUUUAUUAUAAAUUAGAUGCCAUAUUAGUGGAGAAAAGGGGCAUUAGGUAUUAAUUGCAUGGGUCUAACUACAUUGAUGAUAGUUUAAUUCCAACUAGAGUAUAUUUUUUGUUUAUUAAUCAUGAAAUUGGUGCUGACAUGUAAUGACUUCACAAGUUUUACGAGGGAAAACUGAAAAAGGAAGUAAUAUAAAUUUUGUGGGGUUUUUUUGAGAUGGAGUCUUACUCUUUUGCCAGGCUGGAGUGCAGUGUUGCAAUCUCAGCUCACUGCAACCUCCACCUCCUGGAUUCAAGCGAUUCUUGAGCCUCAACCUCCCAAGUAGCUGGGAUUACAGGCGCCCACCACCAUGCCCAGCUAAUUUUUGUAUUUUUAGUAGAGACAGGGUUUCACUAUGUUGGCCAGGAUUGUCUCAAUCUCUUGACCUCGUGAUCUGCCUGCCUUGGCCUCCCAAAUGCUGGGAUUACAGGCGUGAGCCACCGUGCCUGGCCGCUAAUUUUUGUUUUUAAUGGAGACAGAGUUCCACCAUAUUGGCCAGGCUGGUCUCGAACUCCUGACCUCAAGUGAUCUGCCCAUCUUGGCCCCUCAAAGUGCUGGGAUUAGAGGUGUCAGCCACUGUGCCUGGCCAGGAAGUAAUAUACAAUUGAGUAAUAAUGCAGAUGAUUAGGCCUUAUAGAACCCUUAUCAAAAGACUAAUUGGCCAGGCUCUGUGGUUAUGCCUGUAAUCCCAGCACUUUGGGAGGCCAAGGCAGGGGGGAUCACCUGAGAUCAGGAGUUUGAAACCAGCCUGGCCAACAUGGUGAAACCCACCUUUACUGAAAAUACAAAAAUUAGCCUGGCUUGGUGGCGGGCACCUGUAGUCCCAGCUACUCGGGAGGCUGAAGCAUGAGAAUUGCUCGAACCUGAGAGGCGGAGGUUGCAGUGAGCCAAGAUUGCGCCACUGCACUCCAGCCUGGGUGACAGAGCAAGACUCCAUCUCAAAAAAAAAAAAAAAAAAAAGAAAGAAAGAAAGAAAAAGAGACUAAUUAUUUUGUAUCUUGAAGUUUAAAGUCCAACUUUUCUCUUUCUCCUUUGUGACGUUAGAACAGUAGUUCUAUAACUUCAUUGUAAGAAUCACCUGGAGAAUUCAUUAAAGAUGCAGAUUCAGGGCCACAUGUUCAAUUCUGAUAUAGUAGGUCCUGUAAUAAGGCCUAGGAAUGACCAUUUUAAACAGUACACUAGGUGGUUUUGAUACAGAUCCAAGGACUCUAAUUUAGAGGAACACUAGGUUAGAGGUUUCUCAGUUAGACCUGCAAACACCUAAGCACCUGGGCUAAAGCUACAAUGAAGAUAUAUAGUUCUGCAGAAUUUAAAAAGAGCACAAUUUAAGUCUUCGGCCCUCAGAAGUUAAAUUCGUAUUCCAUCUAAGCCAACUUUGAUUUUCAUUAAGUUAGAAUGAACUCCUAGUAUUCCAGUAUUACACAGAACGAAGUACUACUGCUAACACAUAGAAGUCAUUACUGUGAUAUAAAAAGCAAAAUAGAUCCUUAAUUAAAAAUUAGUCACUCAUAUUCAGUGUUGAAUGAGAAGUUAAAGUUUCUAGCAUAACUAUCUUGAGUGCAUUAAAAAUGCUUUUAGAGCAGUAAGAUAAGCUUCUAGCUGACUGCCUAGAAAAACAGAAGAUACAAAUUCACAGUGUCAGAAAUGAAAGAGGGGAUACACUACAGACACUAUAGGUAUUAAAAGGCUAACUAGAAAACACCAGGACCAACUCAAGGAUUGUAUAUUUAACAACUUAGAUGAAACAGAUUCCCUAUAGGAUACAAACUAGAAAGCUUACUGUAGAAAGAGAUAACCUAAACAGACCCAUAUUUAUUAAGGAAAUUGAGUUUGUGGUUAAGUUAAAAACCUUCCAGUAAAGAAAACUACAGGCCCAGAUAACUUCAAUGAUGAAUUUUACCAAACACUUAAGGGAGAAAUAAUAUCAAUUCUAAACAAUCUCUUCCAGGAAACAGAAGAGGAGGAAGUACUUCCCAACUCAUUUUAUUUGACCAGUACUACCCAGACAAAGAUACUAUAAGAAAAAAAACUUUAAAACAAUGUCUUCAUAUGCUAACAUCUGUAGUUAACUUAGCCAUUCUUUUUACAUGAAAUAAUGGGAAUUGGUAUAUUUCUUCCAUUUCAUUUUUCUAUUUCUUUGCUAAUAUACCACCUGUAACAAAUUCAAUCUAGAUGCUAUCUAUCUGUCCACUUACCUACAUUUCCAUUCUAUUCAAGCCACUUUUGCUCUUCAAGUAACUUGAUCACUUUGGAAUCAUAGCAUUGCAAGCUAUUUCAAAAAAAUGUUGCGUGGUUGGGUUGUGCUAGCUACUUUUAAAUUUAUAAAAAAAUGCCCCAUAUAUUUUCUUGCUUGUCUGGGAAAUAUAGUUGCUAUCUAACUAGAAAAAUAAGAGGGCAUUAUUAAAGUAACUCUUUAAGCAUCUUACUAAAUGUUUGACUUCCAUUAACCAUAUUUCUUGUAGUAGCUGUAGCUAUUAUGAUACUGUGUAAAACAGAACAGGUUCUAUAUAUGCAAAUGACAUUUUCAUUUAAUGUACCAAAUUGUGUAUCUAACUUUUAUAAUACAGGUUAAACAGAUCCUUUCUAAGAUGGCAUUAUUUAAUCUUUACUUAAAACUAUGAAAAAUAUGUGUCUAAGUUAUUGUUUAUAAACAGAAGAAAGAGACUAUAAUUAAAAUAUAGAGCAGAUUCCAAGUGACCAUCAUGUUACUUUUAAGAUUUAAAACAGAAUGAAACAGAAGAUUCAAUCAUAAGAAGAUGCUUGAAAAACAAUCCAAGUGUCCAAUGCAGUGGCUAUAAAAUAUUAUUUCAUCAUUUAAUCAACCUUAGUCAUUUUGAAACAAAGACAGACUUCAAUUUUACACUGCUUGCACUUUAUUUUGUACAGACAGACAUUUCAUUAAUUAUUGCUCAAUUUUGAGGUGCAAACCUUCUGAAUAUAGCUUUCAUUUUGGACCAAACAAUUUGUUAUGGCAAUAAAUAAUGAUGCAUUGAAAAACCAA